GAUGUAGGCCAAGGUUUCCGGGGGCCUGGGAAACAUGAUGCUCCGGAGGAACCAGCCGGCUCGGCUUCUCCUGCGAGUCUGCGACCUUUUUUGCCUUGCCCAGAUAGUACCGCACACACGCCAAACUGAACAGCCGAGACAUUCAAAUGCCCAGAGACGAAAAGGAAGACUGACCGCCUGGCAUCUCCAUCUCUGGGGGCCAACGGGGUCCGCAUGCGUUGUUCAGACAUGCUUCUCGCCCGCAGACCGCCCCCGUCCUAGAUUCGACUCCGUUGGCAAGAUACUCCUCCGUAAAGAGCAAAGGCAACAACAGAGUUUCCGGACAGCGACAUGUGGCGCCGGCCGGUCUUCUUGGGAAUGAGAUGGCAGGCCGGGGACUAAGGAAGUAAGCGCGAGCGCGGGGGGCUUGGGGCUAUCAUCACUACGACCAUGCCAUUUGGACCAUGGGGGGCUCUUUUGGCGAUAAGGAAGAUGAGAUCAAGGU